AUGUAUUCCUUCGUCGCUCUCGGCCUGGCUGCCCUCACCACCGCCUCUCCUCUACCCACCUACGCCGAUGCCUUUAAGCUACAGGUCCAAGUCACGGACCUCACUAAAGACUUUACGCCGCCCAUCCACAACAAGUACAUCGUGGGCGUCCACAUUGGUGCGGGCAUGGACAUGGUGACGCCCGCACUGCAUGACGAAGCCUCCACGUUCCACACCAACGGCACCGACACCGACAUUUGGGCCGCGCGCGGCACCAUCGUGACAGGUUUUGGCCGGUACGCGCAGAGCUGGCACACGGUGCGCAGCCCCGAUGACGCCAACCUGUCGAGCGCCAUUCUGCAGUACGGCCCGGGCACGGAGGGCGUGCGUGUGAUUUUCGAACGGGGCGACUUAAUGCUCGGACCAGGCCAAUACAUGGUUUGCGACAGAAAGCUGCCGUACGGUCUGUCGGUAGAGAUGUCGACCGGCAGCGUACCGGAGGCGUGCAUCACGGUGACGCUGCUGCCUGUGUGCGCGGAGCUCGGGGCCGAUCCGGAGCAGAACGAAGACAAAGAACAAACGGUCAGUCGCACGCGCUGCAAGAAGAACUAA